AGAGCGCCUCUUCCUGUGGGGCAACCCUUUUGCGGUGAGGGCGCCGAGUGCCUGACUCCCAGCGUGCCGUUAACCGCCUCUCUAGGCCGCUGUCCCAGGGCGGCCGCCCGCACAGCCCCUGCGGAGCCCGCAGGGGCGGGUGUUGGGGGCCGCCGUUGGGGCGCUGACGUCAGCGGGGCGCGCGCGGAGCCGCGGGGGCGGGGCUGCCGCCCGCCCUGCGGGUGCGGUGGCUGCUCCGUGCCUUGCCCUUGGCGGCUCCUCGGCCUUGUCUCCCUCGUGCAGCCCCGCAGAAAAUCGAGCCUGCUUUAAACGGCAGGGGGCUAAAAAUCCCCCCUGCCUUCAGUGGCAGGAGGUGGACGAGUAGCUGAACGCUCGGAGGUCCGUUGUAUACAGAAGUGAGGUCUGUCCCAUGAAUAGGGCGGAAUGGUUUUCUUGCAAAGCCCUCCUUCUGGGAAACGUAACCUCCUCUCUGAUGUACACCACAGGAUUGAGGCCAAAAUCGGCGCCAGUUGGACUGUAAGGUUUUAUUGUAGCACCUGUAGAGGGAGUGUAACGGUACAAAAGAUACAGCUUCGCCUGAAUACUGUACAUUAAGCAACAUGCAUGUUAUUUUGCAGUAUUUCUAUUUAAUAUGCAUCCAAAAUUAAAACUUACGGAUCAUACUUGUGUUUUUUAAUGGAUACAGUCUGAAACAUAAAGAACUUCUGCCCCGAUUUUAAAGGCUUGUUUGUGUCUAAGCAGCUUUAUUUGAUAACAGGCCUUGAACCCAAGAGCCAUUUAAAUUUUAUACUUUUUAAAGUGUAAAUAUAUUAAAAUCAAAUCUACAGAGGUAUGAGAAAGUUUGUCUCUGAUGAAUAUACUGAGUUUGGGUAUGGUAUGCAUUGAUUUUUUCUUUCAUUUAAGUAGUAGUUAUGUGAGUUUUAUGGCCAUAUGGAACUAUAAUCAUAAUCUUUGCCUAGGGUCUAAAAGGAGAGAAAUCACUAGUCUAGAUCAUAAAUUAAAACAACAUAUUAUAUUAAUAAAAUCCCUCAGAAUAACUGCAAGCUGAUGGUUUGGUCCCUUACCUGGAUCAAAACUUACUAAAAACAUUCAGGAUAGAGCCAACCUUUGAUCCAGUCCCAAGUGUCUCAGUUUCCCUUCCCUUUGCAGAAGGGUUAGUGCAGAAAUGCAAUUCUUUGUAUGCAGAACAUAGAAACUAUAAAUUCCUUUGACCUAAGUUAACCUUGAUUUAAUCUAAUUUUCUGUUUGGAAAGGAAGUCAACAAAGGAUCUGUUGGAGUCGGUGAUGAAUCUGAAAAAGGAGACUUUUUUAGCACAGUUUAUAUGGCAUUUCUUACAAUUCUCAUUAAUAAAGAGAAGUUCUCUUUAUCUUUCUACCCGACUUUUAUGUCAGAGACUUACUUCUUAUGUUGCUUUUGUCUAAAGUUGUUCUUUUUGCUGUUUCCCGAAAUCAUUCAGAAGCACUUGCGUUCCUGACAGAAUGAGAUGCUGUCGGCUAUUGAUCUCUUCCGAGUUCCAGAUUUAUUACUUACCUAACACAAAUGAAGGAGAUUGGCUACUAGGAUAUAGGAGCCCUGCUGGGAUACGGUCAUUAUGAAGUAUGUAGCUGCAUCCGAAGAAAUAUAAAGUGGCUUUGUGUCAUGUUGACUAACAAGAUAGGGCAUCAUUUAAUGUUGCGUCAAGCAAUGAUUCCAAGACAGCUGAAACUGUUUCCCUGUAUUCAUGGCAAUAGACUGUUAUCAGGUUACAAACCUAAAAGCAAUGUGAAGGACUCUUACAGAAUUCUUGAGCUGCAGGAAGGAUGUUCCCUUGAUGAUAUCAGGAACUCAUACCGAAAUCUUGCCAAAAAAUACCAUCCGGACAGCGGUUCUGUCACAGCUGAUUCUGAAGCAUUUAUGAAAGUGGAAGAAGCAUACAGAGUUGUGCUCAGUGAUGUGGCAAACAAAAAGAAAUCCAGUGAGGAUGAAGAGGAAGACCAGUUCAAAUCGAAAUCGCUACAGCAUAGACACUACUUGAGUUUUGAAGGUGUUGGUUUUGGAAUGCCAAGCCAAAGAGAAAGGCAAUACAUGCAAUUUCGAGUAGACCGUGCUACUGAACAAGUGUUGGAAUACCGGAAGCAGAGACUAGAAGGCCAGUGUGCUGUGACUGACCUAAUGAAAGCCAAAGAUGUGAGACAGAGCAAAAAGGUGAAAAUAACGCAAGCAGUUGAACGGUUGGUUGAGGACCUCAUCCAGGAAUCAAUGGCUAAAGGAGACUUUGACAACCUCAGUGGUAAAGGAAAGCCAUUGCAGAAAUUUUCAGACUGUCCACAUAUUGAUCCUAUGACUCACAACCUGAACAGAAUUCUUAUAGACAAUGGAUACCAGCCAGAAUGGAUCUUGAUGCAGAAAGAAAUAAGAGAAACGAUAGAGCAAUUAAGAAAGGGUAUAGUGGCAUCUAGGAAUAAGCUUGGAGGGCCAAUGACGCCAUAUAGACAGAAGCAAUGGAACUGUAUUUGUGAGCAAUUUAUAGAAGAUAUCAGGAAAUUAAACAAAAGAAUUGACAGUUUCAAUUUAGUUGUUCCUCUUCUGAGCAGGCAAAUGGUGCACUUUAACGCAGACAAAGAAAUUGUACGAGCACAAAAGACUUAUGAAGCUUUGAUGGAAAAGAGACAGGCUUCUAAUUCGGACACAAAGGAAAUUGAACAGGAAAAUGUUAAAAGGUUUGGGUUGAAGCCUUUAUUUAAGUGGUUAAAUCUUAUGUUGAAAUAAGAUAAUAUUGAUCCAUCUGUCUUGUCAAGAUUUUGAAUGAACUUUAUUCAUGUAGCAUAAAACAUGUAGCAUUAGAAAGAGACAUUUCAGGUAUACUGAAUAUAUAAAUUACACCUGUCUAUUGUUACAACAGUUAAAAGGAAUUGGGUUGUCUGAUGUGCGUUUGCAGGUGCUUAAUAGAUUUCUCUGUGCAUACAGUAAGGAGCAAAUAAAUUGUCUCUGUUACACUC